CGGUCAUGUGAUCAGCUGUGUCCAAUCACAGCUGAUCACAUGGGGCAUGUACACUGAUCAUCUGGGCACUGAUGAUCAGUGUGCCCUGAUGAUCAGUGUAGCCGCAGCAGUGCCACCUGUCAAAGUCCAUCAGUGCCAGCUGUCAGUGCCUAUCAGUGCCACGUGCCAGUGCCUAUCAGUGCCACAUCAAUGCCGCAUACCAGUGCACAUCAAUGCCACAUAUCAGUGCCCAUCUGAGCUGCCUUUCAGUGUCAUCCAUCAGUGCCAGUCAGUGCCACCUAUCAAUGUCAAUCAGUGCCACCUAUCAGUGCUGCCAAUCAGU